AAAAAUGAAUUGGAUACUAUUUCCAGUUGUUAUCCAGGUAUUUGUCACAUGUGUCCGGGCGAGUGACAAAGUGUUUUGGUAUGAAAGCCCGGCCGCGGACGGCAUGAAUGAGGCCCUGCCUAUCGGUAAUGGACGCAUAGGUGGACUGGUUUAUGGACACCCGGAAAAAGAGAGAAUAAAUAUGAAUGACAUUACUUUAUGGACGGGCGAUGACAACCCGACCCAAGACUAUCACGGCCCGGGUUUUGGCGAUUACCAGACUUUGGGUAGUCUUGUCGUCGAUUUACCCGAUCAUAAGGUCAACACUCAGUACAAGCGAGCGCUGGAUAUCGGGGACGCGGUUACGACCGUUCAGUACGAAUCACAUGGCGUUCAAUACAAACGCGACUACUUUGUGAGUCAUGUGUCGCAGGUAUUGGUCGGCCGGUUAACCGCCGACAAGGGAAAGGCAUACACCGGACGUAUUGAACUACAGGACGCACAUAAAGUGGCCGUCCAUGCGGUGGACAAUACGAUCGCAGUGGACGGCAAACUAGUGAAUGGAUUGCGGUUUGCGUGGAAAGUGUUGGCCCAACACACGGGCGGAAGUCUCAAAGUGAACGGCACUGUCAUUGAGUUCAACGGCUGCGACGCCCUGACACUCAUCGUUAGCGCCGGUACUGACUAUGUGUUCGACGACUCGAAGAAGUUUAAGUCCGGCGAAGACCCGGCUGUUCACGUCAAUGAUUGGGUCACAAAGGCAUCCAUUAAAUCGUAUGAAAGCUUACGGACGGAACACUUGUCGGACUUCCACUCGUUGUUCAACAGAGUGGACGUGGAUUUGGGUCAGUCGUCGGCACAACAGACGGCGUUAUCGACUGACAAACGGAAGGUCGAAGCGGUCGCGACAUUCGAUCCGGACUUCGAGGAAAUGUUUUUCCAAUUCGGAAGGUAUCUCAUGAUAUCGUCGUCGCGAACGAGUCUUCCGGCAAACUUACAGGGUCUAUGGAACGACAACAAUACCCCGGCCUGGCACUCGGACUAUCACACUAACAUUAAUGCACAAAUGAACUACUGGCCUCCGGAGACAGUUAACCUUGCUGAAUGCCAUUUGCCACUAUUCAAUAUGAUCCGGAGUCAAUUGAAUGUAUGGCGCAAAUGUACUCGAGCUUCAAAGGACUUACUGACACCACUGGGCAAACACGUGACAAAAGGUGUGGCCGUCUCCUCGCACAACAUCUACGGAGGAAUGGGAGGAUUGGAUGGCGAUAAGACAAAUUCUGCUUGGUAUGCGCAACACUUUUGGGAACAUUACGCGUUCGGAAUGGAUAAGACAUAUCUAAAGGACGUGGCCUAUCCUUACCUGAAAGAGGUGUCCGAGUUAUGGGACGAGUUGCUAAAGACUGUGACGAACGGCACUAAACAACAGUUGGGAAAACUGGUUGUCCCUCACGGGUGGUCACCAGAACACGGACCCCAUGAGGACGGCUGUAGUUAUAAUCAAGAGAUUGUAUGGGAUUUGUACACAAAUUACGUGAAAGCGGCGGAUGUGUUGGGAGUCGACAAAGAGUUCAGGGAUCGCGUGGCGGGUGAGAGGGAUAGGCUGUUAUGGCCAGGGAUU